UAGAUGCAAUAACGACCGGAGGUUGGCACACCGUAUGCACCAACACAGAUACUCUAGUACCUACAGAGCAACGACGAUCCCCAUGCUCUCCUUCACCAAACGAGUGGAGGCCUUCGCUCCAUGCCUCCGCUCCGCGGCUCAGCAUCUCCGGUGGGCCAGGACAGAUGCGGGCCCAUCUCCAGUGCGGAGGCGGCGGCGGCCCAGUUCGCCGUCCCUGGCGAAGAAGGGGGAGGAGAAGUCGGAGUGGUGGAUAGUGGACGGCGAGAUGCACGAGAUCGGUGAUCACGUGCCUCCACGUGAGCGGUUCGUGAUACCCAGGGACAACAUCCCUAACAAGCGCCGCAAGCAGCUGCGGGAGCAGUUCAUGCGCCGCACUCGCCUCGUCCUCAAGGAAUCGGAGCACGAGCCUUGGUGCAAGAAGUACAUGGAGUUGUAUCAUGAGCUUAGAGAAAACUGGGAGAGGCUGUACUGGGAUGAAGGCUACUCCAAGAGAAUUGCCCUAGAUCAUGCCAACUACGACUCUGCUGAAGAUGAUGAUCACGAUUUUUCCCCACACAGGAGCAGGCGAUCUGCUGCUGAGCCAGUGAAGGACCAGGGUUUCAAGAGGAGCAUGCAAGGUGAUACCCGGGAAAUGGUCAGCCAAAUUCGGGAUAAGUUUGAAUAUGACAGAGAGAAAAGAAUGAGAGAUAAAGCAUUUGCACCGAUGAAUGGAGGAAAUGCUUAUGACGUAGAUGAUUCAAACUCUUGGAAGCAGCCACUUGAUGCUCAGAGAUACUUCUCCCAAAGUGAAAGUGAGUAACCAAAGAAAAGGAGAGACCCGGCCUCGGGACAAUUUUGCUUCAGUUUUUCUCCAGCUCUACUCUAGCGGCAUAGCCUUAGUAGGAAAUCUUAUUUUAACUCAACUAAUUAUGUAAUCUUUGAAUAGUGUGUGUGUGCUACACUCGAUGAUAUAAAUGACAAUCUAAUGGAAGAAAUGAGAUUGUGCUGAUUGCUAAAUUACAACCUAGAGAUAUUGCCAGAC